CAACAUCACCGAGUCUGGUUCAAAUUCGUUGACCUUGUUACCAGAAUCGGUUCGGCGCGACUUCGGUGUACCGAAUUCGAAGUUUUCCAUCAUUUUUAUACCGAGAUCGGUUUUGAAAAGUAUUAUUUUGAAAAAAAUGUCUACACAUUUUCAGUUUGAUAUCGUGAUUAAGUUUCGUUAAUAGUUUUAAUUAGUUUCUCGUAUUUUUCUCGUUAUUUCGAAUUGUGUAACGUGCGGUAACGGCUACUCGCCGAACGCGCAUUUAUAGUGCAGCACACCACUCGGAAUAAUUCAUUUUUUCCAACUUGAUAUUUACAAAAUACCAAUAAUCGGCAUUCACAAGCAACCGAUUGCUGUAUGAGUAAAGGCCGCGGUAAUGCGGUGUCUGGCAGCCGGAUAUGAGGAACGGCGGCGACGGCGGUGGCGUUGUUGCGGUGGCGUCCAGAUACCGGUGGAGGUACACGUUUACGCUGAUUGUGUGCGUGAUGGCAGCGGUCGGGGUAGAAGGCUGCGGCCCGUUGCGUGGCCCGUCCAAGUUCCGGAACCCUCGAAAGAUGAAACCUCUGGUGUUUCAGCAACACGAGCCCAACGUCAGCGAGUACUCCAUCACCGCCAGCGGGCCACCAGAGGGUCGGAUCCAGCGGAACGACUCCAGGUUCAUGGAGCUGGUACCCAACUACAACGCGGACAUCGAGUUCAAAGACGACGAGGGCACCGGUGCCGAUAGACUUAUGACCCAGAGGUGUAAAGAAAAGCUCAACACCUUAGCCAUCAGCGUGAUGAACUUAUGGCCAAACGUUCGACUGCGUGUGAUCGACGGUUGGGUGGACCGAGCCGGCAGCAGCCUGCACAACGAGGGACGGGCGGUGGACAUCACCACGUCAGACAGGGAUAAGUCCAAGUAUGGCAUGUUGGCCCGCCUGGCCGUCGAAGCAGGAUUCGAUUGGGUCAACUACAAUCGUCGGUACAUUCACUGCUCUUGUAAAUCAGAGACGAAAAUUAACACGAGGACGAUGGGCUGUUUUCCGGGUGACAGCGUGGUGACGACAGGCGCAGGCGUGAAGAAGCGGAUGAAGGACCUGCGGGUCGGCGAGUCGGUACUGGCGCUGUCCAACGACGGGCUGCUCCGGCCUAGCGAAGUGCUGUUGUUCCUGGACCGUAACGUGACGGCGCGGACAGAGUACGUGACGCUGGUGACGGACACGGGCAAGUCAAUAACGGCGACGCCCACGCACCUGGUGCUCCGGUGGGAGAAACCGGAACGGUCGCAGAUCCGAUACGCCAACCCGGUGUACGCGAAAAGUGUGCGCGUCAACGACACGCUACUAACGGUUGUCAACGGGGACCGCGGUCAGCUACGACUGCGCGCGGAGCGCGUGGUCGCAGUCAGCCGCACCGAGAAGAUAGGACUUUACGCGCCACUCACAGUCGACGGCACUGUCGUCGUGGACGACGUCGUGGCGUCGUGUUACGCCGUCAUCGAUAGCCAGUGGCUGGCGCACCUGGCGUUCCUGCCUGUCCGCGCGUUGGCCGCCGUCCGGACGUCACUGUACAGCCUCGUCUGGCGGCUGGGCCAUCCGCUGCACGACGCACCGUCACUGUCGCCGGCGAUCGACGCGGUACAGCCCGCCGACGGGAUACACUGGUACCCGCGGAUGCUGUACGCCAUAUCCGACUACGCAAUACCAGCCAGUUGGAUGGACACGCACUGAUCGAUCGCGCGCACUUCAUAAUAUAUAUUAUAUUAUAUAUUAUUCUAACUGUUGUGAUUUGUCAUUUUAUUAUUAGUAUUUAUUUUACAUACAUUAUUGAUAUUAUUAUACUAAAUUAGAUAUUGUCAUACCGCGUACCCGUGUGUGGACUUUGGUUUUUAUUUUUAUUUUUUUUUGUCUACGUCCAUUGCACGUUGUGUACUAAACACUGUUUAGUGACCAUUCCGGCCCGCGACAUGAUGUAUAACCCAAAAACAGUCUUCAAACGAAUUGUAUGCCAAAAAUUAUUGAAUUUUUUUUUUUCAUUUUUGUACAUGUUAUUGUGUGUAUUGUAUAUAAUAAUAUUAUAUCGUAAGUAUUUUAUAAUUUAUUAACGGCAAAGUGUUUCUCGUACGUAUCGGGGUAGACACGCAUAGUUAGGUACAAUACUAUAUUAUAUGGACAUUACAGAUCGUAUAAUGUGUUAUAAAAUAUUUAGUUAUAUUUGUAUUACUACCUAGCUGUAUAGUGUAAUGUGUAUGUUAUGUGCUGCACAGUUCAGUAUACACUUGGUACAAGCGUGUGGCUACCGGCGGACUCAAACUCCCUACCCACCAACAUUUCUUUGAAAGUGUGUCAAAUAUAACUUUUGUUUAAAACGGCACAGACUUCAAUUUUCCAGAAAUGUUUGGGCCAUUCGCGCCAAUGUCUGAGUGUAUCGUCUCACCCACGCAUAUCGUACUGCUUCUAUUGAAUAUCUGACGCUCCGGAUGUUUACGCUUCCGGCCUUAGUCCCUUUUUUGUAUUGUUCUAGUGAUUUUUUUUUUAUCGAAUCUACUCAGAAACGAUGAUUAAUUAUUCCGCUGCUAAUAUCUACAAUAGGUGGUACUAGUUAAUAAUAAUAUUUAUUGUAAAAUUGUUUUAUUUUUACCUUUUGUACGUUUAGGUAUAGCAUCUACUAUAUAUUAUAUUGUCGUAUAAACGGACGCAUUGUUAUUUAUAUUACACACUGUAUGUAUACGUGUAAAUUGUUUUGUAUCAUUUGACUAUUUAUUUUUUUAGCUCCCUCAAUACCGUAGGUUCGUUUACAUAAUAUUAUAAUUUUUAAUGUAAAAAUAUGUGCCUGUAUGGUUGUAUAGACAAAUAAAAUUACAUGAAUUUGA